AUGAAGCUCUUGUGGAAAAGUCACAUGAGGCUACAAGUGAUUAAAUUAGUCUUUGCACUCUUUGUGGUAACACUUAGAACAGCUGAGAGUAAAAAAGCCAAAAUUAUGACAGCUUCAUUUGAGUACAAUGGUAUAAACUGUAGAGCACACAGUGCUUCAUUGACAGAUUUCGGUGGUGUUGGAGACGGAGUUACAUCUAACACAAAGGCUUUUCAGUCUGCAAUUAGUAAUCUGAGUCAGUAUGGUUCCGAAGGUGGUUCUCAGCUCUAUGUUCCUGCCGGAAAAUGGCUCACCGGCAGUUUCAGUCUCACUAGUCACUUUACUCUCUUUUUGGAUAAAGAUGCUGUUCUUCUUGCUUCUCAGGAUAUAACUGAGUGGCCUGUGAUUGAACCGUUACCAUCAUACGGCAGAGGAAGAGAUGCACCAGCAGCAAGAUUCACAAGCCUCAUAUUCGGAACUAACCUCACAGAUGUUAUUGUCACAGGUGAAAAUGGCACCAUAGAUGGUCAAGGUGCAUUUUGGUGGCAACAGUUUCAUCGAAAAAAGUUGAAGUACACACGUCCCUACCUCAUCGAACUAAUGUUCUCGGAUGGCAUCCAAAUCUCAAAUCUAACUCUCCUCGAUUCUCCAUCAUGGAACAUUCAUCCUGUUUACAGCAGCAAUAUUAUUGUGCAAGGCAUCACUAUUAUUGCUCCUGUCACAUCUCCUAACACUGAUGGUAUCAAUCCAGACUCUUGCACAAAUACGAAAAUCGAAGACUGUUACAUAGUUUCCGGAGAUGACUGUGUAGCUGUGAAGAGUGGAUGGGAUGAUGCAACAAUUGCCUUAGGAAGUGAAAUGUCAGGAGGGAUACAAGAUGUUAGAGCCGAAGACAUCACGGCGAUUCGAACAGAAUCAGGUGUACGAAUCAAAACAGCUGUUGGUAGAGGAGGGUAUGUAAAAGACAUAUAUGUGAAGAGAUUUAAUAUGCAUACGAUGAAAUGGGCGUUUAAGAUGACUGGUGACUACAAUUCACAUGCUGAUACUCACUUUGAUCCUAAUGCUUUGCCGGAGAUCGCGAAUAUUAACUAUAGAGACGUUGUGGCUGAGAAUGUUACGAUAGCGGCGAGGUUUGAAGGAAUUUCUAAUGACCCUUUUAAAGGUAUUUGUAUUGCUAAUGUGACACUAGGGAUGGCUGUUAAGGCCAAGAAAAGGCCAUGGACUUGUACUGAUAUCGAAGGGAUGACUAGUGGUGUGACGCCUACGCCUUGUGAUUUGUUGCCAGAUCAAGGGCCUGAGAAAAUCACGGCGUGUGAUUUUCCGGAAGAGAGUUUACCUAUUGAUAAGUUGGAGCUUAAGAAGUGUUCUUACAACAUGAAAUAUGUUGAGAUGUAUUAG